AUAGGCACAUAUUUCUCAGAGAAUGCUCUUCUCCCUGGCUUGGUGCAGUCUGAGUUUAACUUGGAAAGAGACUCAAACACUUACUAUGAAGAACUGAGGAGCGUGUUUGCAAACACAAACAAUGAAAUGCCUGCAUCUUGGCUGAGCAACAAGUUCAUGGAGCUUGGGUUGGAGGUUUAUUCACAGAACUUUUCCAUGAAUCAUCCAUUAAAAAAGCACACUGUCGUUAGUGGGACAAACGUUUACGCGAUCAUGAGAGCUCCUAGGAUGGCCAGCACAGAAGCUGUAGUGCUCAAUCUGCCCUUCAGGAAGUCGAAUCUUCCCGGUGUUGCUCUGUCCCUGGCCGUCGCAAAGUAUUUCAGGAGGCAUGCCUACUGGGCAAAGGAUGUAAUAUUCCUCGUAUCAGAGCAAGACCAGCUUGGUGUCCUAGCAUGGCUGGAUGCAUACCAUCACCAUGAUGACAGCAACUCAGAUUUUUUGAAAAGCUCAAAUCUAGAGUCCAGAGCUGGCUCCAUCCUUGCAGCAAUUAGCCUGGAAAUUCUAGCUGAUCGGGUCACAACAUUUGAUAUGCAAGUGGAAGGCCUGGAUGGACAGCUACCCAAUUUGGACCUGUUUAACUUAGCUGUGCGACUCUGCCACACUGAAAAUAUAUCUCCGACAUUUCAUGGCAAGGCUAACCACCGAUCACCAAGAUCUCAGAAGGGGUACAUUCAUGCCCUGACAACCAUGCUAUCUAUGGUCAUAACUCAAGCUUCAGGUCAACCUUCAGGAAACCACGGUCUCUUCCAGCGUUUCAACAUCGAGGCAGUAUCAAUGGUUGGGUCAAGGCAAAAGGGAACUUCCUACGGCUUUAAGCAAAUGGGAAGAGUGGUGGAGGGAAUCGUCCGCAGUCUGAACAACCUGCUAGAACGCUUUCAUCAGUCAUUCUUCUUCUAUCUCCUGCCAUCCACGGACCGCUAUGUCUCCAUAGGCAUGUACAUGCCACCAUUUGGGUUGAUCGUGAUUCCUGCUGUUAUCAAAGCACUUGCUCUGUGGAUUCAGAUGUCAACAGAGCAGACCGCUAAUGACCCUAUGGACCAAAGAAGAAAAUUGUCAACAGAUGGCAGCACAUCCGAAUCCGGUGAUAGUGCGAAUAAAAACGGAGGUGCUACGCUACUUUCGGUGCUGCCUAUGCUCACCAUGGCUCACCUGAUGGGCGUAGGUCUGUACAUAUUCACUGCACCCACCUGGCUGCUAGACAUGUACAAGCAGCUACCCACGGACCACCUGCUCUUCUACAGCAUAAUGUCGGUCGGUGCUGCGGCCUUGUUCUUUCCGAAGCUAGUGAUGAGGCACGGAAAACCAGGAGAGAACAUCUUCAUUCCAAGUCCAGACAUGCUGAGGUGUGUUGCUCUGCUAGAGCUGAGCCUGGUCCUGGGAACGACCUCAGUUAUGAAUUUCUCUCUGGCAGCCAUCAUUGGUAUCUUUACCGUGCCUGUGUUGGUGUGCCUGGUUCCACGCAGGAGCAGGGUCGGGACGCUUCUACAGAUGAUGGUCACUGUGAUGGUGGCACCACCUGUCCUUCUCUACAUUGUCAUAUUGUCGUCAAAGCUUCUUGUAGGUGUAGACGGCGACGUACACACUCUGGCUAUUCAGUCAUAUGAGGAGAUGGUAUCAGCCGUCUUCUCCUCUGUAACAAGUGGGUGCAUAUAUGGUGACUGGACGUAUGGACUGGUCACUGUAGUUCUGUUUCCAAUAUGGCUCUUAUUCUGGUGUUUAGUGUGGGGUCCAGUAGAGGAGAAGGUGAAUUGUCCUGAGCAAUAGUAUUGUUUGAAAUAAAGAGGGGCCGUCACAUCUUUCAUUAAUUAAUAGCCGAAAGUUUCCAUACCUUUCGUUUCAGCUCAUUUUCGUUGAUUAAGCAUACAAUUGAUGCUGCGGGAUACCGCUACAAAUAGCAUCAAUUCACUUACCUGGUGAUAGAGGGGGUUGCUUUUACACUGAAUUCUAAUGGGUAAAUAUAAAUGGAGAGCGAGUGGAAAACUCGGUUUUCAGAAUGCAGUCAAAACCAGCGGUCUUGUUCAUGACAUAUUUCACUAAUUUCAAUCAGACCAGUACUGACAAUUCCACGAUAUGUUACACGUCAGUUUACAUAACACUGGUUGUCUCGAUGUUAGAACUCUUACCUGUUUUGCUGGUGACAUUUAGAAUCAUGCAGCGUACAUGCAUGUGAGAACGCCACGAGCAUACGUAAUUUAGUUAUAAGUGGCAACAGUUAAAUACUACUAGUACCUUCUGUGGCUUUCCAAAUGCGGUUGAAUUGUUUUUGCGGUUGGCUUGAUCCAAACCUUAAAAAGGCAAGUUUGUCAACAUUUUAAAUGAUCAGUCUUAGAUAUCCAUUUCACCUUCAUUUGUUGUGAGAAUAUAUUAACGUAUUCCAUGAAUAAUAACACUGCGGAGUGCUUAAAUGACUGGUACUGUCUAGUCAGCAAGUGUUUCAUCUUCUACCACAUAGUCUGUAUGAUUAUUAAAUGAAUAUAACUGUUUACAGUAUGGCAUGUAUAUAUUUCUCAACUAGUGUUGUUUACAUAUAAUAAAUAUUGUAAUGAUAUUGAAAUUUA